UUGGUUGAGGGGGCGGGACUUCCGGCAGCGCAGGUUGGACAUAAAGUGACAGACUUCACCUCCUUAAAAUUGGAAGAAAAACCGAAGGACGACGCAAUACAAGUUUUAAAACAGUUGUAAUGAUUUUCAGACAUGGACGACAUAAACCUUCAUUAUCGCUUUCUGAACUGGAGGAGGCGAAUUCGAGAAAUUCGUGAAGUGCGAGCUGUGCGAUACCGGGAGCGGCUGAAAAGGAUGCUGAGAGAUGGUGACAUACUCAGGUAUCAUGGGAAUUCAGAUGAAGUUGGCUGUUUUGUGGCGGCACGGCCAUUGUCGAGAAGAAACCGCUAUUUUGAAGUGACCAUCAUCGAUACAGGAGUGAGAGGAAUGAUUGCUGUUGGUUUGGUACCUCAGCUCUACAAGCUGGACCAUCAGCCGGGCUGGCUCCCGAACUCUGUGGCUUUUCAUGCCGAUGAUGGCAAGCUGUAUAAUGGCAACACUGUGGGACAGCAGUUUGGUCCAAAAUGCUGCAGAGGUGACAGAAUCGGCUGUGGAGUAUCUCUGGACGCUGAGGAGGGACAGCUAACUGUGUUUUUUACCAAGAAUGGCAAAGACGUCGGCAGUGUGGAAAUCCCAGCGUCUCCUGAUGCUCUCUACCCCGCUGUGGGAAUGCACUCCUUGGGGGAAGAAGUGCUGCUGGACCUGAACGCUGAAUGGGGGAUGGAGGAGGAUGAUGGACAGAUGAUUGUGGAUAGUCAUGAAGAGGACUGGAGCCGUCUCCAUGACGUCAAGGUGACCGGCACGCUGCUGGAGUAUGUGGGCAAAGGGAAGAGCAUCGUGGACGUGGGCUUGGCUCAAGCCCGUCGGCCUCUCAACACACGCUUCCACUACUAUGAACUGGAGAUCACAGAUGCUGGAGAAAAGUGCUACAUCGCCCUGGGUCUGGCACGCAGGGACUACCCCAAAAACAGACAUCCAGGCUGGAGCAGAGGGUCUAUAGCCUAUCAUGCAGAUGAUGGCAAGUUGUUCCAAGGCAGCGGGGUCGGGGACGCGUUUGGACCACGCUGCUUUGAAGGGGACAUUAUGGGCUGUGGGAUCAUGUUUCCACGCGACUACAGCCUUGAUGGUGGAGAUGACGUAGACGACUGGGACUUCGAAGUGAUUCCCAAACCCAGCGAGGUUCAGAAUGACUUGUAUGCGAACAAUGAAGAUGAGGAGGAUGAGGGAGAAGACAUGGAGGGGAGGAAGGUCACGGUGUUCUUCACCAGAAAUGGAAAGGUGGUGGGCCGGAGGGAAGUGGCCUUACCCAUAGGAGGGUUGUACCCCACGAUUGGCAUGAUGAGCACCGGGGAGAAGGUCAGAGUGGACCUGCACCCUCUCAGCGGCUGAGCAGAGUGAAGGAAAACUGAGCGGAGAAAUCAGAGCAGUGACAAAUGAUUGAGCACUCGAUCAGAUAAUAAAUAAUACCGCCACAGCAACAGGCUCCAAAGGUGUUACUUGAAAAGUCACUCCAGUGUGGAAGGUGACUGUGGCUCCCUCAUGCUGUCAGAAUGAUCAGAACAAUGCAUGUUAAUAUCACAUGCGUGCUUUAAAGAAGUGCUUUAUAAUUAAAUGGUUUCAUAGGAAAAAAUUAAACCAGAGGUUUGUUUAGGUGACACGCAUCAUCGCAGAGUAAAGUUCAUAAAAUAACAUAAAAA